AUGGAACCACUCGGCGUAUACCAUAUCACAUUCCCCUCCGCUGCCGCCGUCAGUCUAUAUAGAGAUAAACUCGAGCGACUCCUGCGUCUUGCCCAGAUUAAGUUCAAUAGCAAAAGUGGUCUUUGGACUGGCAAGUUUCCUCGAGUGCUACUCGAAAAGGAUAAAGAUCCCCACAAAGAACUCGAGCGUUUCACGAUCCUUCCGGGUUCAUACCAGGCCCGUAUCAAGACGAGGCAGACUCGCGUACAGGGCAAGAUGGCUUGGCAGCAUGUCAUCGAUCAGAUUAUCAAGGACUCACACAUCAAGACCGUUCGCCCUAGCGCAGUGCUGAUCGAGCUUCCGGAAAAGAGCUUUCCAGCGGAGCAGCUCAAGGCUAUCAUCGACCAGGACGGUGCUGAAAGCGGUUAUAAUUGGGCAAUUGAAACUCAUCUAUAUGAUCUCUCAGAGGUUAAAGACUUGGAGAAGAAGAUCUCCCGAAGCACAUCGCGGGUACGCAGGAACGACGCAGAGUUCCGUCAAAGGCACUCUUCGCGUUUUAUCAUGGUGUGCGAAACACCAGAGACAGCAUGGCGAUUCAUUCGCAGCUGGAAUCAGCGCAUCCUGGAAUAUGACCAGGGUGAAGGCGUUGUGUUGCGUAAUCGGUUAAAAGCAUCAUACGUUGACAUUUAG